GCCGCGCGCCCGACAGCUUCAGCACUCGGGCUGAAGCGAGUCUGAAGGAGUCGGCGGAAGAGCGAGCCAAGGGAGGACGGCUAGCGGCACCGAGGGUCACAGGGAUGUACAGUAAACACAGGCAGAAAAAUGCCCAAUUCUUGCCGACACAAUGUGGACGUUUCCUUUUUAUCCUAUCUUUUCUGCUGCUCAACGGCGUGCCGGAGCGGGCGAGCGGGGACCUCGGAGAACAAGCGUUGCCACGGAAACGCACGGUGACGGCACACUGGCUCUCGGAGGGACGCCCCAGAAGAGAUGUGGGGGACUCCAUGAAGGCCCAGUACCCGGACAAGGGGGAAAUCGAGCUGUCGUCCGAUGACCUGCGAUUGGUGCUAAGAGUGGAACGGAAUCAGGAGCUUCUGGGGGCGGACUUCACCGAGACCCACUACACAGAGGACGGGGAGGCCGUGACGGUCAACGCCAACCACACGGAUCACUGCUUCUACCACGGAGACGUACAGGAGCACACACACUCCUGGGUGGCUCUGAGUGUGUGUUCGGGAGUGAGGGGUCUGAUAUCCUUGAACUCCAGUGACACCUACUACCUGGAGCCAAUCAGCGGACAGAGCCCUCUCCAACAUUGGCUGAUGAGCGCGGAGGACCUGCCCCUCAGAGGCGGGACUUGCGGCCAUGGCCACCAGACAGGCCACCCUGGCCAACUGUCGGAUCUCCUUCGACCGCAUCACCAAAGGGUGAAACGGGAAAGUUGGGGAACCACCAAGUACAUGGAGCUGUAUAUCGUAGCUGACCACGCACUGUUCACACAGCAAAACAAGGACUACCACAAGACCAAGCUGCGGAUCAUGGAAAUUGCCAAUUAUGUGGAUAAGUUCUACCGGGCGCUGAACAUCCGGGUCCCGCUGAUAGGCCUAGAGGUGUGGACUGAGCGGGACCAGUGUAUCGUGACGGGGGAGCCCAACACCACCCUCUGGUCCUUCCUGCAGUGGAGGCAGAAGCUCAAGGCCCGCAAGAAGCACGACAACGCCCAGCUGCUCACGGGGGUGAUUUUUAAGGGGACCACCAUUGGCAUGGCCCCCCUGGAGGGGAUGUGCAGCCUGGAGAACUCCGGAGGCAUCAACGUGGACCACUCGGACCUGCCCAUCGGCGCGGCUGCCACCAUGGCCCACGAGAUCGGCCACAACUUCGGCAUGAGCCACGACAACGAGGGCUGCUGCGUGGAGGCCACGGCCGAGCAAGGCGGCUGCGUGAUGGCCGCCGCCACGGGGCACCCGUUCCCCAAGGUGUUCAGUCACUGCAGCAAGAAGGACCUGGACGGAUACUUCCAGAAGGGAGGGGGCAUGUGCCUCUUCAACAUGCCCAACAUGAAGGACCUGGUCGGGGGAAAAAGGUGCGGCAACGGCUUCGUGGAGGACGGGGAGGAGUGCGACUGCGGCGAGCUGGAGGAAUGCACCAACGACUGCUGCAACGCAAACAACUGCACACUGAAGGAGGGGGCUCAGUGUGCCCACGGGGUCUGCUGCGAGAGCUGCAAACUGAAGCAGGCGGGGACCAUGUGCCGCGGGCCGGCGGGGUCAUGUGACCUGCCCGAGUACUGCACGGGGGGGUCGCCCUACUGCCCGGCCAACGUGUACCUGCUGGACGGCUCGUCCUGCCAGCAGCGCGCGGCCUACUGCUACAACGGCAUGUGCCUCACGCACCAGCAGCAGUGCCUGCAGCUCUGGGGCUACGAUGCGAGGCCGGCUCAUGACGCCUGCUUCGAGGACGUCAACGCGGCCGGGAACGCCUUCGGGAACUGCGGGAAAGACGGAGUGGGGAACUACAUGAAGUGUGCGAAGAGCGACGCCAAGUGCGGUAAGAUCCAGUGUCACAGCGCGGCCAAGAAGCCCAAGGGCACCAACGCCGUGUCCAUCGACACCACCAUCCGCACGGGCGGCCGCGAGGAGAAGUGCCGGGGCACCUACGUGUACAGCACCCAGGACGGCCAGGGCGACCUGCCCGACCCCGGCCUGGUCAUGACCGGCACCAAGUGUGGGGAGGGCAAGGUGUGCAGGGACCGCAGAUGCCAGAACGCUUCGUUUAGCGAGCUGGAGACGUGCAUCGCACGCUGUCACGACCACGGGGUGUGCAACAGCAAUGGGAACUGCCACUGUAACCGUGGCUGGGCUCCGCCCUUCUGUGACAAGUCAGGACUGGGGGGCAGCGUGGACAGUGGGCCCGUGCAGUACGACAGUGAGGUGGGGCUGGUGGCCGGUCUGCUGUUUGCCUUCCUGGUGCUGCUGCCUGGGGUGCUCACCGCCUUCUACUGCCUCCGGAUCAAGAGCUCCUACUACCACAAGUGGCUUACCCAGCGGGAGAAGAACCACAAGCUCCAGGCGUCUGCUCAGAAAGAGAAGAAUGGACACCUGAACCCUGCCUUUCACCUGAAGGUGGUCGGCCCCGUCAACAGAGCGACCGGCCACAAGGAGCUGCUCCCCCACACCAGCAAGGAGCUGCUGCCCCUGCGGCCCACCCCCCCGGCGGCCCCCGCCGGCGGCAGCGCCCCCCAGCCCGUCAACGUGGUGCGGCCCCUGAGGCCCUCCGCGUCCCCGGCGGGGGCCAGCAGGGGGCCCCGGCCGCCGCUGCCGGCUGGGGGGAAGCAUCCUGGGUCGGCCGGGGGCCCCACGGCGCCCCCCAAGUCCCCCGCCGGCCCCCAGCGGCUCACCCCGCCCAGGAAACCCCUGCCGCUCAACCCCACCCGCACGCCGCAGAUUGUGUCGGAGCCGCAGUCCAGACGCUCGCUCCUCCCCCCCCAGAGGCCCCUCCCCCUCAGCCCGGCCAGAGCGCCGGUGGCCUACCUGAGUCCGGCCCGCUCAGGCCCCCCCGCGAGGCCCCCCGCCGGCCUGCUGGUCAUGAUGCCCGCCUCCGCCGCCGCCGCCGGGCCCACACCGGCCGCCGUCAAGGUGACGGCCGUGCCCCCCCUCAAAGUACUCAGACCCGUGCCGGGAGCCAAACCAAACUCAGCCUCAUCUCCCUUUCGAAAAUGACCUCGUCUGUCGAAGCACAGCGACACCACCACCUCCUCCUCCUCCUCCUCCUCCUCCUCCACCUCCUCCUCCUCGGAUGACCCCACUCUGGGGUGAGAAGGCAGCGAACGCACGGCCUAUUUGCACUAACAGAGAGUACAGACACCUCUUGGAGGGGGCGGGUGGGGGGGGGGGGGGGGGGGUGUCCAAGGCUGGCGAAUUGGGGGAGGGGAGGGGGGGGCAAGGACAAUGUGAAGGUCAAUGCAGAGAUUUGGUUUAGCCUGACUUGAGACAACAACGAUAAAACCUACUUGACCUUGACCCUGUGGCCCCCAUGACACACACACCCUGCCCCCCCCCCCCCCCCCCCUCCUGCACUGAUAUUUCCAUGGUGACGCGGUUUUGCACGGAGGACUUGCAGACUGAGAAGAAUCUAAUAUUAUCACCGGAGGGGGAAGUGGGGAGGGGGGGGACAAUCGUCUCCGCAACUUUUUCGCAGUUUUUUUAUUAUUAUUAUUAUUUACUAUCAUUUGUUGUCAAUCUGUUUACGCUAUCUUAAAAAAAAAAAAAAAGAACGGAGAAAGAAAAAAAGCAACGCUGGCCUUGUUGUGGUUAUUGUCAUCUGUUUACAGAUAUUGUUUUUUGUUGUCGUCAUUUAUGUCAUGUGCCAAAGAAGUCUCUUAUACCUCGGGGGCGUGUCCUGAAUGCUCUUAAAGUGUUAUAGCCGUUUAAACACACAAAACACACACACAGGCACACACACACACAUCACACACACACACAUCACACACACAGACACACACCACAACACACCACACACACUCAAAACACAUAUAUAUAUAAAAAGGUAUAUGUGUACAAUCAGAUGAAUACAGUUAGAGCUGUUAUUUCUGUGCAGAUCUACCCCCUCCACCUACAGGCACGGCGCCCACCCCCAUCUGGCUGGUUAUGUUGGUUUGAAUGUCUUUUGCUGCGUUGAUGACUUUUGAAUUGUUGCAUAAAACCUUUUUGUACAAAAUG